GGUCCUGUGCAGUUCCCGUGUUCCCGUUCUUGUCCCGUUGCAACAUGGCCCUGCGGAGGGUGCUGGCGCUGGCGGCAGCCCUGGGGCGCCGCAGCUGCUGCUCCAAGCCCCCGCUGCCCCCUGACUUCGUGGAGGCCCUGAGGGCCGUGGUCGGGACCCCCAAUGUCUCCACGGCCACCGCGGUGCGGGAGCAGCACGGCCACGAUGAGUCCAUGCACCCCUGUGCCCCCCCGGACGCCGUGGUGUGGCCCCAGGCGGUGGGGCAGGUGCAGGAGCUGGCAGCCCUGUGUCACCGCCGCCGGGUGCCCAUGGUGCCCUUUGGCACCGGUACCGGCCUGGAAGGAGGCGUCAAUGCCGUGCAGGUAUCGGCUCCCCGGCACCUCUGGCCCCCAGGGGCUCUCGGUGCCCGGCCGUGCCCAGACUCUCAGGUGCCCCUGUGCCAGGGCGGUGUCUGCUUUGACCUGAGCCGCAUGGACGCCAUCGCAGAGCUGAGCCUCGAGGACUUCUCGGUGACCGUGGAGCCCGGUGUCACCCGCAAGGCCCUCAAUAAGCACCUGCGUGGCACCGGGCUCUGGUUCCCUGUCGGUACCGUGGGUGUGGGGGGAGUCCUGGGGCUGGGGUGACAUAAUGUAGGGUGUGGUGAUGAGAAGAGACUUGAGCUGCGGAU